CGGGCUCGCGUGUGCGUGUCGAGAUAGAUCUAAUUUUUUUUAAAAAAAUAAUUAUUUAACAUAAAAUUUGACCAAUCUCGACGGGCCAAUAUAGGCCCGCCGUUAUUGGUAACCGCUACUGUACCAAUAACGGCGGGCCUAUAUUGGCCCGUCAAUAUUGGUCAAAAAAAAAGCCCAGCCCGCCAAAUGCCCUUUAACAUCUCUUUUCUUCUUCUUCAUUACAUCUUCCAAAAAAAAAAACCCUAUUUUCUUUCCCACCAUUUUCCUCUAAUCCAAAAUUUCAAGAAAAAAUCAAUGUUCUUCUUCUAUUUCAUCACAACCAUUUCAAAAAAAAAAGGUAAGGGUAAAUAUAUACUAUUGAUUUAUUUUAUUUUGUUGAUAUUUAUAUUCUAAUAGUUGUUAAUUUAUUUUAGUCUAAAAACUUAGUAAAAUAUUGAAAUGUUAGUUUGUAUUUGAAUGUUUUAGAUUGAAAUAUGUUUGGGUAAGCUUCAUACAACAUAAAGAAAGCUUGAGAAUUGAUUGAAGCUUCAUUUUGGUUGUGGAUUUAAUUAGUAAGGAUUCAUUUUAUAAAUUGAAGUGAAGUGAAGUUUGGUGGUUCAUUAAAAGAGGUAAUUAUAGAUUAAUAUGGAUAGAGAUUGGAUGAAAAAGAAUAGAUUGUCAAAAGAGUAUGAAGAUGGAGUUAACUAUUUCAUGAAUUUCGCCAUGCAAAAUGAAAAGGAUCCUACUAUGAUAUCUUGCCCAUGUAUGAAGUGUGGAAAUUUAAAAAAAUUGAAGGUUGUAGAUGUAAGAGGACACUUAUACAUAAAUGGUAUCGACCAAACUUACCAAAAAUGGAUAUGGCAUGGUGAGAGUGUGUCUCAACCAUCAUUUCCAAAAAGAGCUCGCAAAGAGGAUGUAUCAGAUAGGAAUUUUCACAUUGAUAUGGUUAACGAUCUAGAAGAAGAGUUUGCAGAUCGCCCGGAUGAAUUCGUAAGAAUAAUUGAAGAAUCAGAAAAAUCCAUUUAUACUGGGUCCAAGGUUAGCAAAAUGUCAUUUUUGGUUAAGAUGUAUAAUAUAAAGGCUAGGAAUGGAUUGAGUGAUAAUGGAUUUUCACAAUUACUUUCUUACUUAAGCGAUAUUUUUCCUGAAGGAAAUAAUAUCCCAAGUAGUACUUAUGAGGCAAAGAAGAUUUUGCGGUCAUUAGGCAUGGAGUAUGAAAAGAUACAUGCAUGUCCUAAUGAUUGCAUAUUAUUUAGGAAUGAGUUUGUGUUGGCUAAGCAUUGCCCUGUUUGUAAGUGCUCUAGAUGGAAGUUGAAUGAUAAUGGCAAGGAGAAGGAGGGGAUUCCUGCUAAAUUAUUGUGGUAUAUACCACCAAUUCCUAGGUUUAAGCGUUUAUUUCGCAAUCCUGAACAUGCAAAAAGUUUGGUAUGGCAUGACGAGAAGAGAAUUAAGGAUGGAAAAAUGCGUCAUCCGGCUGAUUCUCCAUCUUGGAAAAAUAUUGAUGACAUGUAUCCCAAAAUAGCUUCAGACCCUAGAAAUCUUCGACUAGGCCUUUCUGCGGAUGGUAUCAAUCCUCAUAGUUCCAUGAGUAGCAACUACAGUUGUUGGCCAGUCAAUCUUGUUAUUUAUAAUCUUCCUCCUUGGUUAUGCAUGAAACGUAAAUUUGUCAUGUUGUCAUUAUUAAUUUCUGGGCCUAAGCAACCUGGAAAUGAUAUUGACGUGUAUUUGGCACCACUGGUGGAUGAUUUAAAACAAUUAUGGGAAGGAAUUGAAUGCUAUGAUGUAAGAAAAGAUGAAACUUUUACUUUGCGAGGAGUUUUAUUGUGGACAAUCAAUGAUUUUCCAGCAUAUGGUAAUUUGUCUGGGCAUUGUGUCAAGGGAUAUAAAGCAUGUCCUAUUUGCUCAGAACAGACAUAUGGUGUUAGAUUAACACACUGUAAAAAAGUUGUGUACAUGGGCCAUAGACGAUUUCUACAACCUACUCAUCCAUUUCGUAGGUACUCAAAGGAAUUUGAUGGUACAAUUGAAGAUAGAAUUGCUCCCACUCCCAUGACUGGUAUAGAAGUUUUUGACAAAGUUAGUCAGUUGGUGAAUCGAUUUGGGAAGAUUCCCCCAAAUACAAAAGAUAAAGAAAAAGUGAAACAAAAAGGAAAAGGAAAUAAAGGGAAAGGGAAAGGCAAAGGCAAAAAGAAGAAAGUUGUAAAAGUCAAAAGAGUUUCAAAAGCUAAGAACAAGAUUGAAGAUGCUUGUUGGAAGAAGAGAUCUAUUUUUUUUGAGUUGGAGUACUGGAAACAUCUCUUAUUGCGACACAAUCUCGAUGUCAUGCACAUUGAGAAAAAUAUUUGUGAAAGUAUAAUUGGAACCUUACUUAAUAUUCCAGGAAAGACAAAAGAUAGUUUUUCAUCACGACUAGAUCUGUUAGAAAUGGGAAUUAGAACAGAUUUAGCUCCUCGUGUUAAAGUGGGAGAAAAGAGAAAGUUAUUACCAGCAGCUUGUUACAACCUUACAAAGGAAGAAAAACAUCAAGUUUGUGAGUCGUUGGCCAAUGUGAAAGUCCCAUAUGGUUAUUCAUCAAAUAUUCGCAACUUGGUUUCAAUGAAAGAUUUAAGACUUAUUGGGCUUAAAUCGCAUGAUUGUCAUGCUUUAAUGCAACAAUUACUCCCUAUUGCUAUUCGAGGAAUUUCUCAAACUCAUGUUAAAUCUGCAAUCAUCAGGCUUUGUAUGUUUUUUAAUGCAAUUUGUUCAAAAACUAUUGAUGUAUCGUCUCUAAAGCCAUUGCAGAAAGAAAUUGAGUUAACACUGUGUUUGCUUGAACAAUUUUUUCCUCCAUCAUUUUUUGAUGUAAUGGUUCACUUAACUGUUCAUUUAGUUAGGGAAGUUGAGUUAGGUGGGCCUGUGUAUAUGAGGUGGAUGUAUGGAUUUGAAAGAUACAUGAAGAUAUUAAAGGGAUAUGUUCGAAAUCGAAGUAAACCUGAAGGUUGUAUUGUUGAAUGCUACAUUGCAGAAGAAGCUAUAGAGUUUUGCUCUGAAUAUGUUGGUAAUGUUGAGCCAAUUGGUAUCCCGAAAUCACUAUUUGAUAUAAACAAUGUAUCUAGUGAAGGAGUUGGUGCUGGCAUUGCUACAUUUACAACCAACGAAGAAAUAAGUUUGGCUCACAUAAAUGUGUUGGAGAACACAUCAGUGGUGCAACCUUAUAUCAAGUGAGUACUAUAUUACUAGUACUUAAAUUUU